CUUUCCUUCUCUGUUGAAUCAUAGAAACGACGACUUUUUCCUCGACCUCCAGUCUCCGGCGAGAUUUCAAGACUCUUCAACUUGACCGAAUUUCUGAGAUUUCACUAUUCAUUCUUCAUCGCCUUCUUCCGCCGCUGCUUUUUUGUGCCUUUUUCAUUUUCUCUUCCAGGUGGCUUGAUUUACUUGAAAUUUGAAGACUGCAUUCCUGAUAUUCGUUGUCAUGGCAUCUAGACGGAAUGUUCGCUACCGCUCCCUUGCCACUGAUGAUAACGAUCUUGAUUCAGAGGGAAGUCCAUAUGAUCCUCGCUUUUACUAUACACCAAAAGCUUUUGACAAGAUCCCCUGGAAAUCCAUCGCUCUUGCUAUCUUCCUGUUAGUUCUUGGAAUAUUACUUCUCUUUCUAUCAUAUUUCGUAUUAACCGGUCACAUGGCAGGAGAGAAAUCACAAGCUUAUGGUCUUUUAGCUUUGGGGUUUCUUACAUUCCUCCCAGGCUUUUAUGAGACUAGGAUUGCAUAUUAUGCAUGGAGAGGAGCCAAUGGAUAUCGCUUUGCAUCCAUUCCCGAUUACUAAGGCGUUCCUAUCUCAAUGGUGCAUCUUGUCCCAUCUCUCUUUCAAUGUAAAACUGUCAUAUAAAGUCAGAAAAAUGGUUUGUACAGAAUUACGUCUCUCUGAGAUUGUAACGUAUUGGUCCUUUGUUUCUCAUUCAUAGGUUGUGUAGAGUUAGAAAAAUGAACAUGAUGUAGUUUUUUAAUUCAUUAACUUGACAAGUCUUGUAGCUAAAUGCAAAACUCUCAUGUCGAUGCAAAAACUUUAUGUAGAAUUUGAAGUUUCUCUGUA